AUGGCCCCAUCCCAGGUUUUCUCUCAGACUCUCCGCUCCAUAACCCGCACCAAGUUCAACCAGUUGGCCCGGCAAAAGGUUGCCUACGAGUCCGCGAAAACCUCCCUAUUGCGAGAUGCAGACGAUGAGCCCAGCCCUAAAAGGGCCAAGAUUCUUGUUGACGGUGCCACCAAGCUGUCCGCUACCUCUUCGUUGUCGCAGCCCACGGUCGAGACUCUCCAGCGAUUCCUCCUCCAGGCAGAAAAUGAUCCCUCCGUUUCCCAGGAAGCUAUAGAAAGCUACGAGCAUGACUUGCGUAACGAGCUGGACACCUGCUCGGAAAAGCACCGCUUCGCCGAGCUAUACGCCAAGCUGAUCGACGAAUGGAUCUCGACCAGUGAGUCUGACUCUAGCCAUCUCCAUGUCCCGCGUACCGAGAGUCAAGAGCAGCGCGCUGUUUGGGAGCAGUACGUCUUUUGCGCCAAGGAGGUGGAUGAGGACGCCAUCAAGACUUAUCUUGGUAACCUCUUUCAAUCUGAAGCAUCCAGCCACGUCAAGAAAGCCUACAAUGACUUCGUGGAAUCAAUCAAGUCUUUCCAAAAGACUUGGGACCUCGAAACCCAUUUUGACGAGGAUUCCCUGCAACAUUGCAUCCAGGGACUCCUAAGGACCAAUCUGUUGAACGAUGAGAAGCGCAUGACUCUCAACGACUUCCUAGGAAACAAAGUGGUUCUUCGGGAGAUCGCAGACGUGCUCAACAUGCGCAUGCGGACACGGGCCACAUGGGAAUGGGAUAACGAUUGCAUCGUCGAGCCACGCCGCCAUCUCAACGGCCGCUAUCGCUUCUUCCCUGACGAGGAUCUUCUUCAGUCACUGUUUCUCUACUAUAUCGGCAGGAGAUGGUGCGUUAUGUUGCGCCAGGCAGCCGAGACCUUCUGUAAGCAGCGUCAGGUGAUGAAACCUGCUUUUCCUGCUCUAAGCAAGGAAGAAGCUCGCCGUCGACAACACUUCCUUGGAUCGACAGAGGGCAAAACUGCCACCUACAGUCUCUCGAACCUACUCAACGAGCAUUUCGAUCAUGAAAUCUUUAUAGAUCAGCUGCCUCGCGAAGUAGAAGAGCAGCGAGGCAGUUACGGCGAUGACAAGGCCAGCGUAGACGAUAACCGCAAGUCUCCCAUCGCAGUAGUUCAGAAGCUCCUUCAAACGCUACAAACUCAUAUCAUUGUUCAAAACAAGCUUGGCCACGAGAUCACCGUCAUACGCUCCGACUUCAAGUGGUUUGGCCCAAGCCUCCCUCACGCGUCCAUCUUUGCUGUUCUGGAGUUCCUCGGCGUUCAGCCCGACUGGAUCAACUUCUUCCGCCAGGUCCUUGAAUGCCCACUUCGAUUUGAAGACGACUCCCCCGACACACCUUCUCGAACACGGAAGAGGGGCAUACCGCUCAGUACACCCCUGGCUGAUUUCUUCUCCGAGUCAGUCCUGUUCUGUCUUGACUUUGAUGUCAACCGGAGGGCCGAUGGUGCUCGUCUAUACCGUCUUCACGACGACAUGUGGCUCUGGAACUCGGCUGAGACGUGUGCCGAGGCCUGGCGGGUCAUAAACGAGUUUACUGAUCUGUUUGGUCUUGAGCUGAACGAGGAAAAGACAGGCAGCACCACUAUCCAUCCAAGCGGCUGUCGCGAUCAGAUUGACGAGGCCAUAAGUCUCCCCUCGGGUGAUGUCGCUUGGGGCUUCUUGAAGCUUGAUACGACUGCUGGCAGGUUCGUCAUCGACCAAACCAAGGUCGAGGAGCAUAUCGACGAGCUCCGCAUUCAACUAGACGGGUGCAAAAGCACUCUAGACUGGAUCCGUGCAUGGAACACCUACGGCUGUCGUUUCUUCACGACCAACUUUGGAUCAUUUGCUAGGUGCUACUCCCGCGCCCACGUUGACACCAUCCUCAGCACGUUCCGCCAUAUCCAGCAAGCACUCUUCCCCUCACUUCGUGGCGGCGUUGGUGCCCGGCUAAAGGAGAUUCUCGCCGACCGGUUCGGUAUCACCGACGUGCCUGACGGCUUCUUGUACACGCCCGUCGCUUUGGGCGGCCUGGGUCUCCAUAACCCAUUCGCGACGCCGUAUGUCUACCGCGAUGGAAUGCCCGAGGAUGCAGGCGCGAAGAUGGAUAAGUUCCUUGAGGAGGAGAAACUAGACUACGACGUGGCGAAAAGGGCGUUUGAGUCGUCGGAUGAGCAGUGCGACGACUUAGGUUACAACGAGCAACCAUACCCCUAUUUUAUGGACGUAGAUGGCGAUAACGCCUUCUUCAGUUUCGAGGAGUACACACAGCACCGAGAAAGAACGUCGGCAAAGUUGAGAACCGCGUUCCAAGAUAUCAGUGAGGAGCCCCUGCCGAAACCGCUCGAGCCUCCGAAGGUCCUCUCGGGGCUGCUGCCUGAGGAUUGGGACGAUAUGGCCCCUUACGAUCAGUGGGUUUGCCUGCAACACUCGAAAGAGACGGUUGCGCGGUUCGGGGGCUUGGCUAUUCUCGAGAAGGGGUUGCUACCGACGGGUGUGAUAGAGAUGCUGCAACAAAGCCGGUUUCAAUGGCAGGACUAA